AUGAAUAAUCAUAUUACUAUCAGUUUUAAUCAAGGUGAGGAAUUAUAUUCAACAUAUAAAUCCUUUUAUACUUUGAAGAAAUUACCAAAUCAAUUAUUUAAAUUUAAUAAAUCAUUAUCAAUAGAUGAAAUUUUAAAUCAAUUAUCAUUAUUAGCAUUAGAUCAUACUUUACCAACUUAUUAUUGCUAUAAACCCAUAUUUUUAGAAUUAGUUGCCCGUUGGGUUAAUAACACUAUUGAAUUAGAAAGUCAAUACAAUAAAUCAAAGUCAGAAACUAGAAGAAUUUCUGGUUCAGUAAUAUUAUUUGCAUUAUCACGAUUAUUACAUAUCUCAACCGAAUAUUUGAAUUUGUUUGAAUUAUUUUUAUCACAUAAUGCCUUUUGGGAUAAUAUUGGAAUUGAAGUAUUUGAAUUAGAGAGUAUUUUACUUGCAUUUUAUAGACUAUUGAAAUUUGAUACCAAUAGAUUCAAAUCAUUCAUCAAACCAAAAGCAUUAUAUCAAAUCAUUAACAAAUCUGGAGAUGAAUUUCAAGUUUGUAAGUUCUUAGCUAUUCAAAUAUUAUCUUUAUAUUUACAAGCAUCAGAAAUUUCCAAAAAUAAAAUGAUUGAUACUCAUCUCCCAAGGAAUAAGAAUUUGGAAUCCAACUAUGAAGGCGAAACAGUGAAUUAUUAUUUUAUUGCAUUAUUAGAAGCUAAACGAAUUUCAAAUUUUUUAAGUUUACCAAAAGUAGAAUACAAUUCUAACCCGGAGAAGACCAAAAGCAUACAAAUACCUCCAGAAUCGUUAUCUUCCACGGUAACUUCUGUUUGUGGUGUCUUGGUACCACAUUUAAACAUUUCAAAAUCAGAAUCUGCUCCUCUUCAGCAAGAAGAAACCAAAUUUGUCCCCACAAAUAGUGCUUUUGAAGUAUUAAGGAAAUUAGCAUCUAGUGUCCAGUUUAAUAAACCAGUAAUGCUUUACGGGAAAGCUGGAUCUGGUAAAACUUUUUUGAUUAAUCAAUUAGCCAAUUACAUGUCAUAUUCCGACUCAAUUGUCAAGAUUCAUCUUGGUGAACAAACCGAUGCCAAAUUAUUGCUUGGUACAUAUGCAUCCGGAGAGAAACCAGGUACGUUUGAGUGGAGAACGGGUGUGUUAACUUCUGCUGUUCAAGAAGGUAAAUGGGUAUUGAUUGAAGAUAUAGAUAAGGCACCUACUGAAGUGUUAUCAGUUUUGUUAACAUUGUUAGAAAAACGUGAAUUGAGCAUCCCUUCAAGAGGUGAAGUGAUUAGAGCCAAGAAUGGGUUCCAAUUAUUUUCUACUAUUAGAACUUCAAACGAUUCAAAGAAAGAUUCUAUCCCUGAUUUAAUUGGUAUUCGAUUAUGGGAAUUGAUUAAAGUCGAGGUCCCUGAUGAAAUCGAUUUGAAAAAUAUAUUGGUUACUAAGUUUCCGUUAUUGAUCAAUUUAAUUGGCCCAUUUAUCAAAUGUUACAAUGAAAUUAUUAGAAUCUAUUCACUUUCAUCGUUUGUUACACUAAACAAGGGUUCACAUCCUAGAGUUAUUUCUUUCAGAGAUUUGAUGAAAUUUUGUAGUAGAUGUAAUAACAUGUUGAUGGUGGAAGGGAUAAUUAAACCUGAUCAGUUACUUGAAUCAUCUAUUUUUGAUAACAUAUUUGCCGAAGCAGUUGAUUGUUUUGGAAGUGCCAUCACAGAACCACAAGCAUUAACUCCAUUAAUUAAUGUUAUUGGCGAGACCUUAGAAAUUCCAACUUCUAGAAUCAACUUAUUCUUAUCAAAACAUGUACCUAUUUUUAUCAAUGAUGACGAAAAACUAAAAAUUGGAAGAGCAGUCCUUAAGAAAACAGCACAAGACAAAGCUUUAUAUAAUAAGCGUCUGAGCAAUAACAACAACACUUCAUUUGCCAGAACCAAUCACUCACUUCGUUUGAUGGAACAAAUUGCUGUUGCCAUUGAAAUGGUGGAGCCAGUAUUGUUAGUUGGUGAGACUGGUACUGGUAAGACAACUGUUGUGCAACAAGUGGCCAAGUUAAUGAACAAAAAAUUGACUGUUAUCAAUGUUUCUCAACAAACGGAAACCGGUGAUUUGCUUGGUGGAUAUAAACCUGUCAAUACAAAAACCGUUGCCGUCCCAAUUCAAGAAAUGUUUGAAAAUCUUUUUAUUGGUACAUUUUCCGAAAAGAAGAAUGCCAAAUUUUCUAAAAUAUUGAGUAAAUGUUUCAAUAAAUCUCAAUGGAAAAAUGUUAUCAAAUUAUGGAGAGAAGCAUUAAAGAUGGCCAAAGAUAUAUUAUCAGAACCAGAAUCUGAACAUGAAGAAGAAGACGGUGGACCAAGAAAGAAAAGAAAAUUGAAAUCAUUUGAAAAAUCUGUUUUACUUGAAAAAUGGAUAGAUUUCGAAAAUAAAAUCAAAGAAUUUGAACUCCAAUCAUCAACGUUGGAUAAUUCAUUUGUAUUCAAUUUUGUUGAAGGAUCUUUGGUGAAAGCCGUGAGAAAUGGAGAAUGGUUGUUAUUGGAUGAAUUGAACUUGGCAACUUCUGAUACAUUAGAAAGUAUUGCUGAUUUAUUGGCCGACACCAUAAAUCAAAGAUCUAUCUUAUUGUCUGAAAGAGGUGAUGUUGAAUCUAUUAAAGCUCAUCCAGAAUUUAGAAUAUUUGGUUGUAUGAAUCCUUCUACCGAUGUUGGUAAAAAAGAUUUACCAUUGAGUAUUAGAUCCAGAUUUACAGAAAUUUAUGUUCAUUCACCUGAUAGAGAUAUCCAAGAUUUAUUAGCCAUUAUAGACAAGUAUAUUGGGAGAUUUGCCGUUGGUGACGAAUGGGUUGGUAAUGAUAUUGCUGAAUUGUAUUUGAAAGCAAAACAGCUAUCUGAAACCAACAAGAUAGUAGAUGGUGCUAAUCAAAGACCACAUUUCAGUAUUCGUACAUUGACAAGAACAUUGAUUUAUGUUUGUGAUAUUGUUUCAAUUUAUGGAUUAAGAAGGGCACUUUAUGAAGGGUUUUCCAUGUCAUUUUUGACUUUAUUGGACAGGAAAUCUGAAGACAUAUUAAAACCAGAAAUCUUGAAAUAUACUGUUGAUCGUCUCAAGAAUUCAAAAUCGGUAAUGAGUCAAAUCCCACCAGUCCCAUCAUCAAAUCCAGAUGAGUAUGUCCAGUUUAAACAUUAUUGGAUGAAACAUGGUCCACAAGAGAUUGUUCCUCAGCCACACUAUAUCAUUACUCCAUUUGUGGAAAAAAAUAUGCUUAAUUUAGUCCGGGCAACUGCAGGAAGAAGAUUCCCGGUAUUAAUUCAGGGUCCAACUUCCGCUGGUAAAACUUCGAUGAUUAAUUAUUUGGCAAACAUUACAGGACACAAAUUUGUUCGUAUCAAUAAUCAUGAACAUACCGAUUUACAAGAAUAUUUGGGUACUUAUAUUUCUGAUUCUACUGGGAAAUUAGUGUUUAAAGAAGGUGUUUUGGUUGAAGCAUUAAGAAAAGGUCAUUGGAUUGUUUUAGAUGAAUUGAAUCUUGCACCAACUGAUGUACUUGAAGCAUUGAAUCGUUUAUUGGAUGAUAAUAGAGAAUUAUUUAUUCCAGAAACUCAGGAAGUGAUACACCCUCAUCCUGAUUUCAUGUUGUUUGCCACACAAAAUCCUCCUGGAUUAUACGGUGGUAGGAAAGUAUUGUCAAGAGCUUUUAGAAAUAGAUUUUUGGAAUUGCAUUUUGAUGAUAUCCCCCAAGAUGAAUUAGAAAUCAUUUUAAGGGAGAGAUGUCAAAUUGCUCCUUCUUAUGGUAAAAAGAUUGUGGAAGUUUAUCGUCAAUUAUCUGUGCAAAGACAAUCUACCAGAUUAUUUGAACAGAAAAACUCGUUUGCUACAUUAAGAGAUUUAUUCAGAUGGGCUAUGAGAGAUGCUGUUGGAUAUGAAGAAUUAGCUGCCAACGGUUAUAUGCUUUUAGCUGAAAGAGUUAGAAAGGAAGAUGAAAAGGAAGUUGUCAAGAAAACCAUUGAAAAAGUCAUGAAAGUGAAAUUAGACAUGGAUGAAUACUACAAAAGCUUGGAAGUUGAAGCAAUAUUCAAAAGUGAUUCUUCCAUAGUUUGGACUAAGGCAAUGCGCAGAUUAGCAGUAUUGGUUUCUGCAUCAAUCAAGUAUAAAGAACCAUUAUUGCUAGUUGGUGAAACUGGUUGUGGUAAAACUACUGUUUGUCAAGUGGUUGCCAAAUUUUUGAGUAAAGAAUUGGUUACUGUUAAUGCUCAUCAAAAUACAGAAACUGGUGACUUGUUAGGUGCGCAAAGACCAGUGAGAAACAAAUACGAAACUCAAAGCAGUUUAUUCAACCAUUUGCUUGAGUUGUUUGCCAAAUUGGGUAUUGAAACAGCAACAGCUACCACCGCAAGUCUAACAUUAGAUAAUUUGCUUGCCCAAUACAAUAAAAUUACCGUCCCAGAAGAAUACAAGGAACUUGUUGAACAAAUUGAAAUUGAGAAAAAGAACUUGUCAUUAUUGUUUGAAUGGAGUGAUGGUCCGUUGGUGAGAGCCAUGAAACUGGGUGAUUUCUUUUUAUUAGAUGAAAUUUCUUUAGCAGACGAUUCUGUUUUAGAAAGAUUGAAUUCUGUUUUAGAACCAGAAAGAAGUUUAUUAUUAGCAGAAAAGGGAACUGACGAUGCAUUUAUCACUGCUUCCAAUAGUUUUGAAUUUUUGGCUACAAUGAAUCCAGGUGGUGAUUAUGGUAAAAAGGAACUUUCACCAGCUUUAAGAAAUAGGUUUACAGAAAUCUGGGUGCCAUCUAUGGAAGAUUUUAAUGAUGUUUCUCAAAUUGUUGAAUCAAGACUCAAAUACAAACAACUAACCACGGCAAUUGUGAAAUUUUCAGAAUGGUUUGCCAAGCAGUUUGGAGGCGGUCACACAAAUAAUGGAGUCAUCUCAUUGCGUGAUAUCUUAGCAUGGACAGAAUUUAUAAACUCUUGUCCUGAUAAUUUAAACCCAAUGGCGGCAUUGUAUCAUGGUGCAUCUAUGGUUUUCAUUGAUGCUUUGGGAACUAAUAAUACGGCAUACUUGGCUGAGAAUGAAUCAAGAUUACACAUUAUUAAGCAAGAAUGUGUCACCAAGCUUUCAUUAUUUGCAGAUUAUGAUUUGACUGAAUUUUUGAAUAAUCAAUUCCAAGUAAGUAUUGGUCUGCAUGAUCUUACUGCUGGUUUAUUUUCUAUACCUAUAUUGGAAGGUUCAGAACAUAACAAGUCUUUCAAUUUGGAAGCUCCAACCACUGCUGCAAAUGCCAUGAGAGUAAUUAGAGCAAUGCAAGUUAAAAAACCAAUAUUGUUGGAAGGUAGCCCUGGUGUUGGUAAAACAAGUUUAAUUACAGCAUUAGCUAGUGCCACUGGGAAUCCUUUAGUUCGUAUCAAUUUAUCGGAGCAAACUGAUUUAGUUGAUCUUUUCGGUUCUGAUGCACCCGCUGAAGGUGGGAAAGCUGGAGAAUUUGUUUGGCGUGAUGCACCAUUUUUGAGGGCCAUGCAAAGAGGAGAAUGGGUUUUGUUAGAUGAAAUGAAUUUGGCAUCACAAUCCGUUUUAGAAGGGUUAAAUGCUUGUUUGGAUCAUCGUGGUGAAGCAUAUAUUCCUGAGUUAGACAAAUCUUUCAAACGUCAUCCUAAGUUUACUGUAUUUGCUGCACAAAAUCCACAGUAUCAAGGUGGUGGUAGAAAAGGUUUGCCAAAAUCAUUUGUCAAUCGUUUUACUGUUGUCUACGUUGAUACGCUUAAAGCUGAAGAUCUCAAUAUGAUUUCUCGUCAUCUUUUCCCUUCUGUUAAUGAAAAUGAUUGUUCUAAAUUGAUAGAAUUUAUGUCACAAUUGGAAGAACAAGUUGUUAUCAAAAAAUCAUGGGGAGCUCAAGGUGGUCCUUGGGAAUUCAACUUACGUGAUUCCUUGCGUUGGUUAAGUCUUUAUACUUCUGGCAAUAUUAGCCAAGAUAUCCAAUUAUCUGAUUUUAUUGAUAUGAUUAUUUGUCAAAGAUUUCGUAAUGAGGAUGAUCGUCGCCAUGCACAAAAGUUGUUCCUAUCCAUUUUUGGGGAAAUCAUAGAGCGUGAUAAUUAUUACAAUUGUUCUGAAUCUUUCAUUCAAGCUGGUGGAGCAUUAAUUGCAAGAAAUGAUUUAAUCCAGUAUGUCAAUGGAGGCAAUUUGUUGCCAUUGCAAUGUAAUUUUACAUUUAUGGAGACAGCUUUCAGAUGUAUUAGCAAUAAUAUCCCAUUGAUUCUUACUGGCCCAACAAACUCAGGUAAAACUGAUUUAGUUAGAUACUUGGCUAAUUCUGUAGGUGCCAAACUUGAUGAGUUUUCCAUGAAUAGUGAUGUUGAUUCAAUGGAUAUAUUGGGAGGAUAUGAACAAGUUGAUCUUUCUCGAGAAACCAAUGCAUUGUUUGAAAAAACACACAUACUUAUCAAUGAAUUGAUUGUGACAAAUCUUAGAUAUCAGGGAAGUAAUGCUGAAAUAUUAGCUAAAGCAUUAGAAUUACUUGAAUUUAUUGAAAACCAUAAUUCUGUUGAUAACGAUUCUUCUUUUUUUGGACAUUUUUGUACAAUUCUUUCAGAUUUUUCCAAUUAUCAUUCUAUCCCAGAAAUUAAAGAUUUGGUUAAUGCAGCCGAAAUUUUGUUCCAAAAAUUGAAUGAAACUGCUAGCGUCAAAUUUGAAUGGUUUGAUGGUUUAUUAGUUCAAGCUGUUGAAAAGGGUAACUGGUUAGUUCUUGAUAAUGCCAAUUUAUGUAGUCCAUCAGUUUUGGACAGAUUGAAUUCAUUAUUGGAAACCAAUGGAAGUUUGAUUAUUAAUGAAUGCAGUUUGGAAGAUGGCCAACCAAGAGUUCUUAAACCACAUGCUAACUUUAGAUUAUUUUUAACAAUGGAUCCAAAAUAUGGUGAACUUUCACGAGCAAUGAGAAAUAGAGGAAUAGAAUUAUUUAUGGAUUCCUUGGAACAAAGGGCAACUGGGUUUGAUCGUCAAAUCCUUGGUUUUAGUCCAUGUACAACUGACGAAUCAUUGCAAAUCAAAAUUGAGGAAUUAGACAUUAGCGAUAAAAGAGUGGUUCCUACUUCAAGUUUCAAUUUGGACAAAGAAUCUGCAAUAAAAUCAUUCAGUUUGAUUGAUGAUGCAUUCUCUUUGGGAAACAUUAGUGCUAGUGCUUUAUGGAGUUUUGUUCAGUUGAAGAAUUUCCCAUUACUUAAGGAUUGGGCAAGUGUUGUUUUCUCGAGCUCGGAAUUUGCACAAACUAGCAAAAGCUAUGCUGAAAAGUUAUGUGACACAUUGAAAUAUAUUGAGCAGACUUCUUUGGUUGAUAUAUCCCUGUCAGUAUAUUUCCCAGUCUAUAUGAUUGCAAAUAAUAUUGUCCAGAAAAAGAUUGAUUUCAUAGAAUCUCAAAAUUUCCAUUUCUUGGCUAACGUUUACAUUGUUGCUAGCAUAUUGCAAAAUCAUCCAACAGUAACUACUUCUGAAUCGACCAUGAUAUUUGAAGUUUUGAAAGAAAUAGUAGAAUUAAAUGAUACUGUAUCCAAGAUUGAACUGAAUGCUAUGGAUAAGAAAGUGCAUGAAUUAUCAUUCAUUGAAAAAUCAGCUGCAUCAACUUUGGGUAGACAAAUCAAAUCACCACCAAAAUUAGAAUUGUUUAGAUUUGUUAAACUGUUGCAAGGCUUUAUCAUAUCUUGCUUUUUGAAUAGUUUCAAGACAGAUUUGUUUACUGGGGUUAUUUAUCAACCAUUACAUGAACUUUUAUUGGUUUUGAUUGGUAUGAUCAAAUCUGGACACGAAAAGAAUGAGUCCAGGUUGAAAGUAUAUCAAGAAUUGAUUGUUAAAUGGUCAGAAAGGUAUUUAUCUGGACACGACCGUACAGAAGAUUUGGAUCAAUUUCAACAGGCUAUAUCAAUCUUCAACUCACAGUUUGAAUUGAAUAAAGGGGUUGCUAUCAAUGAGAUUUGGGAAUAUUGUAGAGGUUUAUACCCUCAAGAUUUCAAAUCCUGGGAGGAUUUACAACGUUUAUUCAAGAUUAUUGAGAAUUUUGAUACGGUAUCGAAAUUACAAUUCCCAGAAUCUUCUGACAUAGUGACAAGUUUUGGAUACCUGAUUGCAGAUUUAUAUAAAUCGAUUAUUCUGGGUGACUAUCAAAGAGAUGAAUUGCUGUCUAUUCUUGAGAAACUUGAGCAAGGUAUUGAUCAAUUAUCAGCUGUUUCGGGAUCAUUUGUUAAUCCAAGAGUUAAUAUUUUUGUCGAUGAUUUUACAAAUAUAGCCAAUUUGGUAGAAAUAACUGGUGACGAAAAUCAAGAUUUGAUGAAAUUUUAUAAUUGUUCAGAUAGAUCCAUGUUUUCAUUGAUCAAACAAGAUAAGUUUAAACCAUACCCAAAAAUAUUUGAUAGUUUAUGGAAGGAUAAGAAAUCAAGAGUUUCUCCAUUGUUUACGGAUGAAUUGGUGUUAUCAAUGUUGACUAAAGCAGUUCAAUUCAACAAUACUUCCGGGAAAUCAUUAGAACAAACAAGUUUUGAUUUGAAAUCUGUGUCGAAAUCUGUUAUUGAACAUUCAGUUGAAGUUUUAAAUGACGUCAAGGGAGCUUUCAGUAGUUUGUUAAUCUCGUGGUUUGGGAUAAUUUUAAAGGCACUUGGUUUGUAUGAAGAUGAGUUACUAAGCCAUCCCGAAUUAGUUCUUGAUAAAGUUUCUUUGUCUUUUGGUCCUGAUAGCCAUUCAUUUGUUGCCGUUAAACUAUUGGUUGAUUCAGUCAAUAUGGCGGUUGUGAAUGCUUCUGAAUUGAGUUUAGGAGAAUUAGGUAAAGCUUGGGUAUCAUUUUCUUUGGGAUUAAUUUUAUUGUAUGUGCCAGAUUCACCUUAUGAUCCAGCUAUUAAAGAAUAUGUUCUUUAUAAAGUAUUUGAGGAUCGGAAAGUUUUCGGUGGAAACCUUAUUUCCAGUUGGGAAUCUGCUAGAAGAGUUUUCAGUGGAGACAAAGAAAUGUAUUUGGAGUCUACUUUGAAACAUUUGAUUGAUUUAGAAGCUCCUAAUAACCCCAAAGUAUACCGUGAUUCAAAAUCUAUUGAUGGAUUAUUUGAUGAAUGGAAUUCCAUUAUGGAAUCAACGAUAGAUAUGGGACCGGUAGAAUCAUUAUUGAAGUCUGUGUUCACUUCUUCAGAACAAGGUGUAAACAUGAUGGAAAUGUUCCAAAAUAAUACUUCACAGUUUAUUAUGAGAUUAAAGAAGAAUUAUUUGCUUUAUUCUGAUUUGGAUGAUAUUUUAUGUGGUUAUAUAUAUGGUAUGAAACUUGGAUUUGAAAUGAUAACCAUUGACAAGAACCAAGGCAAAUAUUUGUAUCCACAAACUUGGUCGAUUGAUGUAUGUGAUUUUACAAGUUUGAAAUCCAUUGAGAGAGUUUUCCCUUCUGUUCAAGAUUUUGCCAAAACAGUUAGUAUUGACUCACUGGCAGCUGAAUUUGUUAUGGCUUAUUUCAUCAAACUUGGAUUUGCACAUAGAUCUAGUGAAAAUGAGCAACAACAGAAACAACAACAAACACAAAGUAUAUUGAUUCAAUCAUUGCAAACUUUGUAUUACAGAUGGUCACUUCGUCGUAUCAAAGAAGAAAAGGAAAACUUACAACAAGGAAGUUUAUACAAAUAUAAUGACCCUGAUGAAGAUAUUGAAGGUGACUUUAAGCAAUUAUUCCCUGAUUAUGAAGAUGUAUUGGAUAUUGAUGGAACAACGAAUGCCAACACUUUGAAGAAAAAUAAUGCAAGUUUUGAAUCGAUUUAUGAAUCGAUUGCCUCGGAUUAUAUCAAGGAAUAUUUGUUACAAGAGAAAGAUAGUGUUAUUGAUAUUGUUCAUCAAGGUAGUGAAUUGAUAACACAUUUAAAUCAAUAUGAGAAUAAUUUGUACAAGAUUUCAAAUAAUGCUUCUAUGAUAACUUCAUUGGUUAAUGAAUUAGCCAAUACUCAUACCAAAUUCAAUCAAGCAGUUUCUGAUUUCAAUUUCUAUCAAGAUCUGAAUCCAACUGAAGUUAAACGUGCCGUUACAAUCAUGACAACAGUGUAUAAUUUGUCUAAAAAAUUAUUAGAUCAAUGGCCAGAACAUGCCACUUUGAAGAAUAUUGUAUUUGCCACCAAUGAAUUUCUUUCUUAUCCGAUUGGAUUACCAUUAGGAAGAUAUUUACAAAAAUUGGAACAAAUCUAUACGUUUAUUGCUGAAUGGCAAAAAUAUGCAUCUAGUCAAGUUUCCUUGAAAGUCCAAUUUGAUGUUUUGACAAAUUUGAUUGUUUCUUGGAGAAAAUUAGAAUUAUCUACUUGGAAAUCAUUGUUUGAAUUUGAAGAAAAAUCAGUUGAGAAAAGUAUUGGUAAAUGGUGGUUUUAUUUAUUAGAAAUUAUCAUUAUUCCAAUGCUCGGAGAUAAUGAAAAAGAACCUGCAGUUACAUUAUUAUCAGCAUUGAAUGUAUUUAUGAGUAAAGUCACAUGUGGUGAAUUUACCAUUCGUUUGAAAUUGUUGAAAGCAUUUAAAAAUCAUGCUUUUGAAAUCAAUAAAACCCAUCCAAUUGUUGAUGCCUUGUGUAAUUUUGUUACAUUUUAUGAACAGUUCCAACCAACGGUUUUAUCUACUAUUGAAGAUUCUAAAAAGAGAUUAGAAAAAGAUAUCAAUGAAGUCAUUUUAUUGGCUAGUUGGAAAGAUGUCAAUAUUGAUGCAUUGAAACAAAGUGCUCGUCGUUCUCAUAAUAAUUUGUAUAAAAUUGUUAGAAAGUAUCGUGCUAUAUUGAGUACUCCUGUACAACCAAUUAUUGAACAAGGAAUUUCCGAAUCAACUAAUGGUACGACAUCAUCAUCAUCAUCAUCAUCAUCAUCAGCUUUGAUUAAUUUACCACAAAUUCAAAUUAUUGUUGCUGGUAAUGAAAGACAAAUUGUUCAAAGCAUUCCUAGUUGGAUUGAUAGACCAAAGAGACUUCAAAAUCUUAAUGUCAUUGAAAAUAAUUUGAAAGUAUAUGUUGAUAGGAUUUCACAAGAACAAUUACCAAAUUUAUUAGAACUUGCUCUUGAAAUUAUAUCUGAUAUGGAAAGAGUAAGAAAGGAAACACCAUCAGAAUUUAAAGAAUCCAAUAAGAAAUUGAUUGCAGCAUUGAAAACUCAGAAACGAAAAUUAUUGAGUGAUACAUUACGUGAAAUUAGAAGAUCAGGAUUGAAACUAAGUUCCCGUUCUGAUAUUCUUGCUACACAAAAAUCAGUCAAUCUUAUAAUUGCCAAUUCAGUUAGCUUCCAAAACACUAUUGCUCAAGGUUGUGAUUGUUAUUUCUUUAAAAUAUUGGAUUUAUUACCAAGACUUAGAGCUGCAGUUAGUACUUCUAUUUCUACUUCUGCUCAUGCUGAUGAAGUUCCUCAAGUUGAUAAAGAAAAGGGACUUUCUGCUACUGAGAAUUUGAUUCAUUCAUUAAUUGUUGAUCGAGUGCCAAUCAAAAAAUUAGCUGAUAAUAUUGACACUUUCAAUUCUUGGUAUAAUGGAUUCUAUACAGUGGCCAAUCUUAAUAAUUUAUCAGCUACAUUAGCACCUGUUAGUGUCAAAGAUUCUAUAAAAUUGAAUAUUGAUAAUAUUAGCAUUGUUAAGAUGUGGUUACCUAAAUUGUUGGAUUAUGGUAUAACAACUUUAGAAUCAAUUACAAAAUUUGGUUUCAAUGAUACAAAUGUUUCUGUGUUUUAUUUGUUGAAGAAUAAAUUAAAUGAACUUUUGAGUUCUAUUAAUGAUGAAAACAUGGUAGUUGUGCAAUCUAGUAUAACUAUUGGAAAUGUUGAAAAAUUUUCUAAAUUUAUUGGUGAAUUAAUGACAACAUUGACCAAAUGGAAAUUAGAACAUAAACAAUUUGCAUUUGUUGCUGAUACAAUAUUGAAUUGGAUAAUCAACAAUUCAAAUACUAUUAAUACUAUUGAAUCAUCAACUUCUUUAACAUUUGUUGAAACUAUUGAAAAUGUUGAAAAAGAAUUUAGAACUCUUUCUUCAUCAAUUUUAGUAGCUGUUCAAAAAAUCAUGGAAAUUCAAGAAAAAAAUCAAGAAAUUAAUAGAGAUGAUGAUGAUUGGUUAAUUUUAUCACAACAUAAACUUAUCAAUUAUAUGAAGAAUCUUCAUUUAUUAACCAUUUCAAAUAAAUUGAAAAAAUGUAUGGAAAUCAUUUCAUUAGUGGAACAUAAUCAACAAUCAUCGAAAUUAAUAUCAGCAUUAACUUCAUUUACAUUGCCAAUUGUCAAUCAUUAUUAUCAAUUAUGUUUGAAAAUAUUUGAUAAAGUAAGAUUAAAUUAUUAUGAUCUUUCAAAGGCAACAUUUAUAUUAUCAUCAUCACUUUAUACAUUAGCAACCAAAGGAUUUUGUACCCCUGAGGCACCAAAUGAACAAAAAGAUGAUAAUACUAAUUUACAUGAUGGUACUGGAUUAGGUGAUGGAGAAGGUGCUCAAAAUAAUUCUAAUGAUGUUGAAGAUGAUGAAGAUUUAUCUGAGCAAGCACAACAACCAAAUGAAGAAAAUAAAGAAAAAGAUGAUGGAGAUGAAGAAGAAGAAGAAAAUGAUGAUGCUGUUGAUAUUGAAGGUGAUAUGGCUGGACAAUUAGAAGAAGCGUCAGAUCAAGAGAAAGAUGAUGAUAAAGAAGAUGAGGAUCACAGUGAUGACAAAGAAGAAUUGGAUGAAGAAAUUGAUGAUAUUGAUGAUUUGGAUCCUAAUGCAAUUGACGAAAAAAUGUGGGAUGAAGAAGUUAAAGAAGAUAAAAAAGAGAAAGAUUCCGAUAAAUUACCAGAAAAUUCCAAUAAUAAUGAUGAUGAAAUGGAAGCAAUGGAAGAUGAAGAAAAUGAAACUAAACCUAAAGAUAAAGACAACAAUGAUAAUCAAGAAGGUGAUGACAAUGAAAAAGAGGAACAACGGGAAGAGAAUGAUGGCGAUGAUGAUGAGGAGGAUGAAAAAGAUGUUGGUGAACAAGAAGAUGAUGUAAAGAAUAAUGAAGAUGACAAUGAAAAAUUAGAAGAUCAUGUACCUGAAACUGAAACAUUAGAUUUACCUGAAGAUAUGAAUUUAGAUGACGAAGAUGAAAUGAAAGGUGAAGAAGAAGAAGAAGGCCAAGAUAAAUUUGAUGAUAACUUGGAUGAUGAUAUUGAAAUGAAAGAUGAUGAUGAGAAAUCCAAUGAUAAUGGUGAAGAAGAAGAAGAAGAUGAUGAUGAUCAUCAACAAGAUAAUGAAAUGGAUCCAACCAAUGAAGAGGAACAAUUACCCGAAGAUGAAGGAGGAGAUGUUGACGAUGAAUUCAAUGGUAAUAAUGAAAUCAAUGAAGAUGUCAUGGAAUCAGAUAAUGAAGAUGAUGUUGUUGGUGAAGAUAAUGAGAAACCUCUAUACGAAAAUGAAGAAGGAGGUAAUGACAAUGACAAUGAUGAAGACGAAGAGCCAACUGCAGAAGGUGUUGAAGGAGCUAAUGACAUUGAUACUGAAGAUGUUGAUAUGGAUUCAGCUGUAAAACAAGAACUGGGAGAAAAAGGAGAAGGUGCAGAUAAUCAAGUCAUGGAAGAAAAUAAUGAUAUUGGAGCUUCAGGAACUGCCACUACAAUGGAUCAACAACAACAACAACAACAACAAAAAUCUGAAGAAGAAGAAGAUAAAUCUGUUCAAGAUGAUGCACGUGAAAAAGCGAAUGAAUCAUUAAAACAAUUGGGAGAUUCAUUAAAAGAAUUUCAUCGUCGUCGUCAAGAAAUUAUGGAUGUUAUUAAACAAGAACAACCAGAAGAAAAAGAAGAAGAAAAUUCAGCAAAAAACACAAAACCUGAUGAAUUUCAACAUGUUGAUGGUGAAAAUGCUGAUUUUGAUACUCAAGCUUUAGGAGCAGCUGAUAAAGAUCAAGUACAAUCAAUUGAUGAAGAUAAAGCCAUUGAUGAUGAAGAGGAAAAUGCCAACCAUCAAGAAGAUAUUGAAAUAAAAGAAGAAGAUGAAAUUAAAAAUGAAGAUGAAGAUGAUUUGGAAUCGGGUGAAAUUAAAGAUGAAAAUCCUGAUGGUGAUUUUGAAGGUGAAGCCAAGAGUGCAUUUAUGGGAGAAAGAAAAAUCACUGAUAAUUUAGAUGAUGAUGAUAUGAUGAUAUCCAAUGAACUCAAUGAUGAAGAGGAAGAAGAACAUGAAAUGGAAGAUGAUGCUUCUGAUGAUGACCUUAUUCCUAUGGAACUUGAUGAAAUUAAUAAUAUCCCACCAAUUGAAUUAGAAAUUGCACGUAAAUUAUGGAAAAAUAGUGACUUAGCCACCCAAGAAUUAGCAUCGGGAUUAUGUGAACAAUUACGAUUAAUUUUAGAACCAACAUUAGCAACGAAAUUACGAGGUGAUUAUAAAACUGGGAAAAGAUUAAAUAUGAAACGAAUAAUUCCUUAUAUUGCUUCAGAUUUCAAAAAAGAUAAAAUUUGGUUAAGAAGAACCAAACCUUCAAAAAGACAAUAUCAAAUCAUGAUUGCUGUUGAUGAUUCAAAAUCAAUGAGUGAAAGUAAAUCAACAGAAUUGGCAUUUCAUAGUAUUGCACUUGUUUCUAAAGCAUUGAGUCAAUUAGAAAGUGGUGGAUUAUCAAUUGUUAGAUUUGGUGAAGAUGUUAAAGUUGUUCAAUCAUUUAAUAAUAAACCAUUUAAUAAUUCUCAAGAAAUGGGAGCGAAAAUUUUCCAAUGGUUUGAUUUUCAACAAACUAAAACUGAUAUGAAAUUGUUAUGUAAUGAAUCAUUGAAAAUAUUCCAAGAUGCGAAAGCCAAUGGUAGUAGUAGUAGUAGUACUACGAAUAAUGAUUUAUGGCAAUUACAAAUCAUUUUAUCGGAUGGAGUAUGUGAAGAUCAUGAAACUAUAUUAAGAAUGGUAAGAAAAGCUAGAGAAGAGAAAAUCAUGAUGGUAUUUGUUAUUAUUGAUGGUAUUACUACCACCACCACCACCACAACUUCCGGUACUUCCGGUACUACUACUGGUAAACAUGAAUCAAUUAUGGAUAUGCAACAAGUGAGUUAUGUUACUGAUAAUAAUACUGGUGGAAUGGUUUUGAAAGUUGAUAAAUAUUUAGAUUCUUUCCCAUUUGAAUUUUAUGUUGUCGUUAAAAAUAUUCAAGAAUUACCAGAAAUGUUGGCAUUGAUAUUAAGACAAUAUUUUUCAGAAAUAUCAUCAAUUUAA